AUGUCGAUGGGGCUGGAGAUUGGCGGAGUGGCCUUGUCGGUGCUGGGUUGGUUGUGCAGCAUCAUCUGUUGCACGUUGCCCAUGUGGAGGGUGUCGGCCUUCAUCGGCAACAACAUUGUGACGGCCCAGAUCAUCUGGGAAGGGCUGUGGAUGAACUGCGUGGUACAGAGCACGGGGCAGAUGCAGUGCAAGGUCUACGACUCCAUGCUGGCCCUGCCGCAGGACCUGCAAGCCGCCCGCGCCCUCCUGGUGGUGUCCAUCGUCUUGGCCGUCCUGGGUUUAAUGGUGGCCAUCGUGGGGGCCCAGUGCACCCGCUGCGUGGAGGACGAGAGCACCAAAGCCAAGAUCACCAUCGUCUCCGGAGUCAUCUUCCUCCUCUCCGGCAUGACGACCCUCAUCCCCGUCUCCUGGUCGGCCAACACCAUCAUCCGGGAUUUCUACAACCCGCUGGUGAUCGACGCGCAGAAGCGGGAGCUGGGCUCCUCGCUCUACGUGGGCUGGGCAGCCUCCGCCCUCCUGCUCCUGGGGGGGGCCCUGCUCUGCUGCUCCUGCCCCCCCAAAGACGACAGGUACCCCACCCGCAAGGUGGCCUACUCCGCCCCGCGCUCCGCCGGCACCAGGAGCUUGGAGAUCGCCCGUGGCCCGGGGACGGGCACGUGGAGCUCUCUGCUGAGGCAGGAGGGAGCUAAAAGCCUCCCAGGAGUCUGA